GUAGUGGUUCAGGAUUCUGGACAACUUCUGAAGCAGCAGGCUGUUCUUCACGUCCUUGAGGAAUUCAGGGGGCUCCUCCACAAGCUACAGGGGCUCCCCUCAGCUCUCUCUGUCCUUCCUCUGGAGCUUACUGUCCUGGGUAAUACCCUGACCCUGGGGGUUGGCCUGGUCCAGGGAUUCACGAAGGAUCAUGUUCUGAACAUCCAGCAGGGCCUGGAAAGAGUGCUGAAUGCCCAGGGCAUGCCACUACCCAAGUCAGGAGACUUAUGGGAGGCCAUCUUUCAAAGCUCCUUCAUACCUUCUGAGAUGCUACCCCCUCUACACCACUUGGUGGGCCUACAGGGGGCCUUAUGGCUGACAGAUAACCGUCCUGGAGACCUCAUCAUACUCUUGCAUACUGUGAUGAGUAGCCAGUGUAAAGAAAGUGGUGCUAAUCUCCCUGGAUUUACUGAAGACCUGUUGUCACUGCUACAUGUGUGGGACCCCCCCUUUGAAGAGCCAGAUGCUCCACUGGCCCUACAGGAUGCCAAGAGUCUGAAGGAUGUCCUUCUUACCACAGCUGCAUUCCACCAAGGUCUUCAUGAGCUUCAUAUGGGGAACUUGUCAUUAGCCUUAAGCAGCUUGCAGAAAGCAGCAUUCAGCCUGUGCCCCCGCCCUGUGCUGGUCCAAGUCCACACAGCUCUGGGAGCCUGCCUUCGGAAAAUGGGCCAUCCGCAGAGGGCACUCCUGCAUCUUCUGGAAGCCUUGAAGGCAGGCCUAGCCCCAGGGCCCCCUCUCCUAGAGGCUGCCCGACUAUAUCGGCAGCUUGGCCACACCACAGCUGAGCUGGACAGCUUGAAGCUCCUGGUGGAGGCUUUGAGCAUCCCCCACAGCUCCAGACCACCCUUGUUCCCUCUUGGAGUAGAAUUGCUCAUCACUGCCCUCCGUCCUGAGUCCUCCCUUUACUGUGGGACCCAGAGCCAGGCCAAGCACCUGCUGGCCAGCAGGUGUCUCCAGACUGGCAG